AUGGAGUGUGCCCCAAGCCAAUACUCUCCGAACGUCUACCUGGCGAUCAUGUGUUUUGAGAAUCUGAGUCGUUUCUUCAAGCUAGGUCUGAUAAUGCAAGAGUUCUUUUACUUCUUCAAAGUGAGGCGCUAUGAGAAGUAUGCCCAAGUUAAUGUAUGCAAUGCCAAGUUGUUUAACAGUCUCAGCCAAGAAGAUCACGUAUGGCAAGCCGAUGUGUUGGAGGUCAGCAGAUGGUGGGAACGCGAGGUCAACGAUGGUCCACUUGUUCCCCUUACUUACUACGAUGAGAAGAAGGAUGGAAGCAUGAGGCUUUGUAUCGAUUACAGGCAGUUGAACAAGGGUGCCAAGUACUUUUCCAAGAUUGAUCUGAGAUCGGGAUAUCAUCAACUCAGAGUACGGGAAGAUGAUGUUCCCAAGACAGCAUUCAGAACUUGUUACGGCCAUUACGAGUUCUUGGUGAUGCCUUUCGGAUUGACAAAUGCUCCAGCAGCGUUUAUGGAUCUCAUGAACAGAGGUCAUAAGAAACAUCUGAGGUUGAUAUUGAAAACUUUGAGAAGGAAGCAGCUUUAUGCCAAGUUCAGUAAAUGUCAGUUUUGGUUGGAUAGAGUGGACUUCCUUGGACAUGUGAUAUCAGCAGAAGGAAUUUAUGUGGACCCUCGUAAAGUAGAAGCAGUGGUGAAUUGGGUGCAACCCACAAGUGUAACAGAAAUACGGAGUUUUCUGGGGUUAGCGGGCUACUAUCGUCGGUUUGUAGAAGGGUUCUCUUCGAUAGCAGCACCUCUUACUUGGUUGACGAGGAAGGAUGUUAAGUUUGAGUGGACGGAGGAGUGCGAGCAGAGUUUUCAGGAGCUGAAAAAGCGGUUAACCACCGCACCUGUUUUGGCUCUUCCGGAUAACUCGGGGAACUUUGUGAUCUAUAGUGAUGCAUCUUUACAAGGCUUGGGAUGUGUUCUGAUGCAACAUGAUCAGGUAAUUGCUUAUGCCUCAAGGCAACUCAAGAAGCAUGAGCAGAAUUAUCCUGUCCAUGACUUGGAACUUGCCGCAGUGGUGUUCGCUCUCAAAAUCUGGCGGCAUUAUUUGUAUGGUGAGACGUGUCAGAUUUUCACCUAUCACAAGAGCCUCAAGUACUUUUUCACUCAGAGGGAGUUGAAUAUGAGACAGCAACGUUGGCUGGAAUUGAUUAAAGACUAUGACUGUACGAUUGAGUAUCAUCCCGAUCGAGCUAAUGUGGUAGCUGAUGCACUAAGUAGGAAUGUUGGUGGAAGUCUAGCUUAUCUCAGAAUGGCCUAUCUUCCGUUGUUGGUAGAACUGUGGAAGGAUGGUGUGGAUUUGAAAAUGACUCCUCGGGGAGGAAUACUUGCUAGUGUGCAUGUGAGGCCUAUUCUGGUUGAGCAGGUGAUUGCAGCACAAUUGGGAGAUCCUAAUCUUUGUGUGAUAAGGUCGGAAGUAGAAAAUGGUACACGGACGAAUUAUGCAAUAAGGAAGGAUGGAGCUUUGGUGACUGGAACUCGUCUUUGUGUACCCAAGAACGAUGAAGACUUGAGAAGGGAAAUCAUGGAAGAAGCUCAUUGUUCUACUUACUCUAUGCAUCCGGGUAGUACUAAGAUGUAUCGGACUCUACGUGAGUACUACUCGUGGCCGCAUAUGAAGGGGGAUAUUGCUAAGUAUGUGAGCAAGUGUCUGAUUUGUCAACAAGUGAAAGCGAAACGGCAGAAACCAUCCGGACUCAUGCAACCACUUCUGAUCCCUGAAUGGAAGUGGGAGCUUAUCACAAUGGACUUCGUUUUCAAACUCCCACGUACUUCAAAGGGGCAUGACGGAAUUUGGGUGAUAGUUGACCGACUCACCAAGUCCGCCCAUUUUCUACCUAUAAAGGAAACCUAUUCCUUGUCAAGGCUGGCAAAACUCUUUGUGGAUGAGAUCGUGAGGUUGCAUGGAGCUCCUGUGUCUAUUGUAUCAGACAGGGAUGCAAGGUUCACAUCUCAUUUCUGGAAGUGUUUAAAUGAGGCUAUGGGUACUAACUUACAUUUUAGUACUGCUUUUCACCCACAGACUGAUGGACAGUCGGAAAGAACCAUUCAGACCUUGGAAGACAUGUUAAGGUCUUGUGUUUUACAACUGAAAGAUAGUUGGGAUACGCACCUUGCAUUGGUGGAAUUUGCUUAUAACAACAGUUAUCAUUCGAGCAUUGAGAUGGCUCCGUAUGAGGCUCUGUAUGGGAGGAUAUGUCGAACUCCUGUUUGUUGGAAUGAAGUGGGUGAAAGGAAGUUGGAAAAGGUAGAUAGUAUCCGAGCCACAACUGAGAAGGUGAAAAUGAUUAGAGAGAAGUUGAAAACCGCACAAGACCGACAGAAGAGUUAUGCGGAUAACAGGUCCAAGGAUCUUGAGUUUGCAGUUGGAGAUUGGGUGUUCUUGAAGCUGUCUCCAUGGAAGGGUGUGAUGAGGUUCGGUAAACGCGGGAAGUUAAGCCCUCGUUAUAUUGGACCUUAUGAGAUCACCGAACGCAUUGGACCAGUUGCCUAUAGACUUGCCUUACCUAUAGAACUAUCUCGGAUCCAUAAUGUGUUUCAUGUAUCCAUGUUAAGGAAGUACAUGCCUGAUCCUUCUCAUAUUUUAGAGCACCAACCUAUGGAGUUGAGUGAAGAUUUGACGUACGAGGAGCAACCUGUACAGAUCUUGGAUAGGAAGGAGCAAAGGUUGCGCUCCAGAUCCAUUCCUGUAGUGAAGGUGUUAUGGAGAAGUCAAACUGUUGAAGAGGCUACUUGGGAACCUGAGGCGCAAAUGCGGACCGAGUACCCUUAUCUCUUCAAUUGA